AUGAGUAAAAUUCCGCGAUUAAGUACAGGCACUAAAAUUCCAAGACCAAAUAUGGGUGGCACUCGUCCAAUGACAAAAAUAGAUUCUAAUAUUCCGCGUAAAUCUAUUUCAAAGGAAAGAAGAUCUUCAAUUAAACCAGAUAAAUUUUUCCAUGUUAAGCCAACAAUGAAAAAACUUAACGAAAGAGUCAUGAGCACAGAUAUAAUUAAUCACGCAUUCUCCUUGAAAUCAGAUAAAGCAGAAGCAGUUUGGAAUUACUCAAAAACCAUAUGCAGCAGCUUUUUCCAACAAAAGUAUAUAGAUAUAUUUUACUCAUCUUUGUUUUCUACAGCAAAGACAAACAGAUUUGAUGCAAAGAACCGUAUGGACAGAAAUAGAACAACUCAAUUAGGCCAAACGAUUGAAAAUGCAAUAAAGGUUUUUAAUGACAUGUACGAUGAAAACCCAGCAUCUUUAUACGCUCUAGCAGACUUUUGCUUGCUUUACUUGUCUUUGAUAAUUUCAAUUUGCAAUAUAGAGAACUGUGCCAAAGAAGCACUCUUUUUCACCAGAAAAUUCUUACAAAAUGAUAUGAUGCCUUCACGUCCAAAUGAAUGCAUCAUGCUUUUCACCGCAAUUAUGAACAUUUGCGUAGAAACACCAACAACAAUCGGAAUCUGCAAACAGAUCAUAUACAAUCUUGCAAAAGCAAAUCCUGAUCUCAAUUCUGGUGUUGAGAAAGGCGUUACCCGAAAGAACAAAACUCAGAAAGAAAUCUGUGAAGGAGCCCUUGAAAUUCUUUCAAAAGUCUCUGCACAGGAGCAACUAGCUCAGUCAACAGAAGUUGAUAUUACAAGUCUUAAUGAUGAAGAAGAAAUUUUAGCAACAAUUGCAUCAUUUAACAGACCAAAUGCAAUCAAAAAGCCUGCUGACUAUGUUCGCGAUCUUCUUAUUACAAUGCAGAAAUUCCCAGAUAAUUACGCAAUCAUUAUUGCUGCUUCAAACUCGAUUCAAUCCAACAUCGAAAUUUGCACACCAAUUGAUAGAGACAUUAUAGGAGAACUCUUAUCAGUAAUCAUUACUACUGUAAUGCCAUCGCAGACAGCCAAUCAGGAUCUUUACACUGAUGCAGUUUUUGCGGUUAAUAAUCUUUUCGGAGCACUCGUUGAUUCUCAUGGGCCAGAAGAGAUAAUCCAAGCAGCUCCUGGUGCUCACAUCCUCCUCAAUGCCGAAGGAAUCGAAAAAUUAAAUGAAUAUAUUGAAUCACUCAACCAAACAUCACAUGAACCACAAAAACAGACAAAAGUAGAGGAAACACAUAAUGAAGAGCCUAAAGAAGUAAUUAAUCCUGGAUUACAAAAAUCUAUUGAGUUACUUUUAGAUCCUGCUACAAUAUUCACAGAGAUGGAACGUAUUAUAUAUGCAAAUGAAGAUUUAUUACAAUAUCCCAUUUAUCUCAGAGGUUUUCUUCAAAGAUCAUAUUAUUUGUACAAGAAAGUUGUUCCUCCUCAAAUGAACGAUUAUCAGUUGUCUCUUGCAAAAGAGAUGCUUCGCGAUUUGGAAAGCGGCAACAAAGAAGAUGAACAACCUGGAGGAAAAUUACAUGUUGAUACUUUAAUGUCUGAAUUCGAGAAAAUCAAGAAUAUCAUCGAAGAUUAA